CUCUCGUAUCGCUGUUAAUUUAAAGUAAAUUCAUAGAUAAUAAUGCUCAAACUUUUCUUUCAAUUUCUUUCGGCUUUUUAUCGAAUAAUUCUCACUUUUCAUCGCUCAAGUUCGGGCAUUAAGAGAAUGCCAUACAUAAUCUCAUUUAUGCAGAUUGAAAAACGCAGAAUAUUGGAAUCAUUUAUAUUUUAGAUUUUGACAAAGAAAGUACUUUAAGCUCAUGAAAUAUUGAGAGAAGAAAUUUCUUAAAGACUUGUUGUUAAGUGUCUAACCUCAGAGUUGUGGUUUUUAACAGACGAAUUAUGUUGAAGACAGAACAUUUUAUAGCGAUAUUGGUUUUGUGUUUUGUGAGCUGCGAUACUCGCGAAAUUAACUGCCCCGAUUCCACGCGACCACAUAAAACUGAAUGCAAUAAAUAUUUCAAGUGUAUUAAACUUCCUUCCAACUCAUUAACUUGGAUAACUUUAACGUGCCAGGAAGGAUUAAUUUAUGAUAAAAAUUUAAGAUCAUGUGCCAUCCCACCUGAAAAUUGGGACUGUAAUUUGAGUAGUGAAGUGGAUGAUGACGGUACUCAAAGUGGUGAUUCUCAAAAAACUGAAAAUAUUGGUUCUGUCCAAACUGAAGCAAAUAUUGACGAAGAUAGUUAUUUUUUGAGAAAAGAAAGUAAUGAGUUCCUUGAAGUUAUAGAUGGUGAUAAAGAUUUCAGUAAUAUAGAUGCAACAUCAAGAAGUGAAGAUGAUGAAAAUAGUAGUGAAGAUACUUCAGAAUUUAGUGGAGAUGAUGGAUUAUACAAUUUUGUGACUCCAGCUUCCGCUAAUAUGAUUACUACUCAAGUACAGAGAUUAUCACAGUUAGUUCAGAAUAUUCCAAAAACUAAAGGUGAAAUUACGGCUGAUGACAUCAACUCAUACUUAGACAAACAAAAAAUUCAAUCAAAUAUAGCAGACUACAGAUUCAAUUCUAAUGGCAAAACAACAGUGCCUGCAGAUGGAAAAGUGCAUCCAGAAAUUGAAUCGGAAAUAGUAAAUUUUCAAAAUACAUUGAAUGCAAGAUUGACAACAGUUCCAAUGGAAUUUACGACUCCUCGAACAAAGCCAAUUUUCUAUAUUAAUAAGGAACCAAUCACUGAAAUUAAAUUAAAGCAAGGACAAACUUUUGAAGGCAUUGGAACUCAUCAAAUUGUUGUAAAUCGUCCAGAAGGCUCAGUUAUGUUUAAUGUCCCAGCCACAAGUGAUAAUACUAACAAGCAAAAUCAACCAUAUUUAUCUCAAGACAUCCUCAAAACUAUUCUAGAACUAUCGAAGCAAAUGGUCCUACAGAAGACUUCAAGCAACCAAGAAAAUCACCAACAGACACAUCCAAUCUACUAUGCAGUUCCAGUCCCAAUUGUUCCACCACAAAAUAAUGUCCAAAAUUAUUAUGGGCAAUUCCCAAAUCAAACAGUUGCACAUUAUAAUUCAGAUGAAGAAAAUAAUAAUGCAGAUCACGAAACAGCAAACAAUUUAGGUUCUUAUCAAGCACCUCCAUUAAGAAAUAAUCAUAAUCAUCGUCACAAUCACAAAAAUAACCAACAAAUUAAUAAUCAAUACGGCGAGCAAUCUUAUAAUGUAAAGAGUCAACAAGGAAAUUACCAAAACUACGAUUCACAACAAUAUCAACAGUCAUACCCUUUAAAUAAUUAUUCGCCUUACAACAGCAAUUAUCAACAAUAUUACAAUCCGCAGUCCUACUAUCAAUAUUCUGAAAACAAUAGAUACAAUCCAAAUCCACAAAAUAACUUUAAUCAAUAUUCAAAUUAUAAUAAUGGUGCAUAUUACGGAAAUAGACCAUUCGUGAGUGAUUCAUCAGCACCUUUUGUAGAUCACACAUACAAUGUACAAAAGAAUCCAUACCAAAAAGAAAGUUUCUCAUCGCCAUCAGUGUCGUAUGAUAAUGAUGAAUAUGAUGCAUUUAACGAAGAAAGUGAUGAUCAGACCGAGAAACUUGAUUACGACUUAUUAGAGGAUGAAAGUGAGGAAGAAAAGGAAAAGAGUCCAACGGAUGGACUUAUAUGUACUUUUGCAGUUGCAAGACAAGUCAAUAAAACGGAUUGCUUUAGAUAUUAUGUUUGUAAUGCAAAAACUAAGGAAGUGCUUACCUAUACAUGCCCUGAAUUUACAGCAUUUAACGAUCAAACUAAAUACUGCGAUUCAAGUAUGUAUAAGGAAUGUAAAAAGUCGAAAGAACAUUCAUCGGGAAGUUUUAAAAAUAAAAAGUAUUACGCUGAAGCUCAGAAAGCAUUACAACAAGCUAAACGAGAAUCUGAAAAAGUUGAGCGUAUAGCUAAUAUGGUUAAGAAGCAGUCACAGCAAUUAAUGUACAAUAGAAGGAAUCAAGUUCAAAAUAAUUAUGAUCGAGUAGAAAAUUUACCAAACUAUUAUCAGCAGCCACAAAUUCAACAAGCAUCAAUAAUUCAGAGACCUCAACAAACUACGAGAACUCGUCCAAAAAGCACCAAAAGAGUAUCUUUAUCUAAAUCUAGUAAGAGGAAAAGCCGUCCAAAGAAAGUGAAAUGUAUUAGCGAUGGAAACAUACCAGAUCCUGAAGAUGUUUUCUCAUACUGGCACUGCUUCAAAAGCACCGAUGGAAGGAUGAAAAGAAUUCAUAAGAAAUGCAGCUUUAAUCUUAGAUUUUGUUCCGAUUCACGCUACUGCUCGCCAUCAUGCUGAUAAUUUAUUGCAAACUAUUUAUCUAUUUAUUUAUUUGUUCGAGUUAUUGCAUCAAUAAACCAAUUAUCAAAGUAUUACUUAGUGUCUUUACUUCCAUUUCAGAACUUUUAUUGCUACACGUGGU